AUGCCCGCUCAGGUCAACGGUUCCAUGACGAGGAGCAUCCCCAUCCGCGUCGCCGACGACCAGUUCAACGGCUUCCGCCAGCAGCAGAAGCACUCCCGCUCCUCCUACCCCGAGGCGUCGCCCCUCUCGGGCUCGAGGAAUAAUUCCCUUACCUUUCGCCCACCCAAGCGGCUCAUGUCGUCGCCGAACAAGACCAUCGCCGUCAUCAACGCCGCCGGCAGGCAGGCGGCCUCGCUCAUACGCGUCGCCACGGCCGUCGGCUACCGCGUCCGCGCCCAGCUUCGGAAUCUCGAGGGCGUCGUGGCGACGGAGGUGUCGACGAACCCCAACGUCACGGUCCUCGUCGGCGAGCUGUACACGCGGCACGAGCCGACGGAGGCGAACAAGGACGUGACCCAGAACGGCCCCAUCUCGGGCGUCGGCGUCAACCACGAGCUCAUCUCCAACCUCUUCGACGGCGCCCAGCUGGCCUUCAUCAACACCACCUUUUACGGCGACGAGGUCCAGAUCGGCAUGGCCCUGGCCGACGCGGCCAAGAAGGCCGGCAUCCAGCACUACAUUUACUCGUCCAUGCCCGACCACGCCGUCUACAACAAGGACUGGCCUUCGCUGCCGCUCUGGGCGGCCAAGCACAAGGUCGAGGACUACGUCCGCGGGCUCGGCCUCGCCGCCACCUUUGUCUACACGGGCAUCUACAACAACAACUUCACCUCGCUCAAGUACCCGCUCUUCUGCAUGGAGCUGCAGGACGACGGGUCCUUUGUCUGGAAGGCACCCUUCCACGAGGAUGCCAAGCUCCCCUGGCUCGACGCCGAGCACGACGUCGGCCCCGCCAUCAUCCAGAUCAUCAAGGACGGCGUCUCCAAGUGGCGGGGCCAACGGAUCGCGCUCGCCUACGAGUACCUCACGCCCAAGGAGGCGUGCGCCCUGUUCGCCCGCGGCGUCGAGCGUCCCGUGCACUACGUGCGGUGCCCCAUCGAGAUCAAGGUUCGCAUCCCCGCGGGGUACCGCGAGCAGCUCGAGGCCUUGGAGACGCUGUUCAAGCCCGACGAGGCCGACGCGGAGAAGCAGCCGCCCUACUUUGGCGACGCGAAGCUCGAGGCGAGCUGCCCCGCCGAGGCCCUGCAGCUGUGGGAAGGUCCCCGCGGCAUGGAGGAAUACGCCCGAGAGAUGUUCCCGCUCGAGGAGGAGGCGAACUGCCUGACUUGGAUGCUCGACGACGUAGGUCACGGGGGUGACGAGUAUGACGACGACGGAGCCGACGACGACGACGACAACGACGACAAGGUGGCCGCCACGGCGACGUACGUCGAGCAGUUGAGAAUUCACGACGACGCCGACGAGUCCGACGACGACGAGGGACUCAUCAUGAAAGGCCCGAAGCGAGAGGAAGAGCAGUGGCUUGCCUAG